AUGGAGUCGUUUGAAGAAAUAGCAGAUGAAGAGGUCCCCAAAGAACCCCGAAUUUACGUGUCCCAAUCGUUGAGGCGCCUGACCAGGGAGAUUCUGGCCACCAAGACACAAAACUGCUUCACUCAGACUAAAAGAACCGAGAUCACCAUGAUCCAGAUUGCCUUCUCCAUCGGAUUAGACAGCAUAUGGCGUUUCCCUUACCUGUGUCAUCGGAAUGGAGGAGGCAGCUUUAUCCUGGUGUACUUCUUCAUGCUCCUCUUGUUUGGAAUUCCCCUCUUGUACAUUGAGAUGAUCAUGGAGCAAUGGCUUCGUGUGGACAACGUCCGGAUCUGGAAGCAGCUCGUCCCCUGGCCGGGCGGCAUAGGCUACGCUAGCAUAAUGGUGUGCAUCUUGGUGAGCUUGUAUAACAGUGUCAUCAUUGUCUGGAGCCUCUCCUACCUGAGCCACUCCUUUGAUCACCCUCUGCCCUGGAACGAGUGCCCACUAGUGAAGAACAUCAAUGUCACCGACCUCUCUUGCCUUCGGACUGUGUCCCACCAGUACUUCUGGUAUCACACCACCCUGAGUGCCUCAGGCCACAUUGAGGAAGGGGUCAAGGCCCUCGUCCUGCACCUCACCCUGGGCAUCUUCACAGCCUGGUUCCUCCUCUUCUUAAUCAUGAUUACGGGGCUAAAGGUAUCAAUACCGAUGCUGAUUUUCUCAGUAUUCCUCCUCUACAUCCUCCUCCUCUGCCUCUUCAUCCGAAGUCUUUUCCUGGAAGGUGCCAUCGCCAGCCUCAGAAGUAUGGUGACCAUAGAGCUCUCUGCCUGGGCCUCGCUGGACCUGUGGCGUCAGGCAGGAAGCCAUGUGCUCUAUUCCCUGGGCCUGGGCAUGGGCACCAUCAUCAACUUGUCCUCCUGCAAGACUGGAGGCAGCAACUAUGCCCAGGUGGCCUCCUUGAUGGCCCUGGUCAACCUGGUGACCUCAUUGCUGGCCACAUCCAUCAUCUUUAUAGUGCUGGGAUUCUGGGCCGCCACCAGUGGCCACGCCUGUGUUGAGAAGGGCGUCUCAAAGCUGAUGAAGCUGAUAGACAAAGGGGUGCUGCCUCAGGAUGCUAAGCCCCCAGAAAACAUCCUGCUCCAGCCCCCCCUGGAUUACUUAGACUGGAUCAGCAACCUCCCUCGACACCUCCAGGACCAGGUCGUCCACUUCUCCCCGUCCUGCAGCAUCAAAGAGCAGAAGGAAAAGCCUUCUCCCCCACGGUUCAUGGAGGGCCCUGGCCUGGCAUUCGCAGCCUUCUCCCAAGUCGUCUCGUUAUUCCCUGCCUCUUCCCUCUGGGCCAUCCUCUUCUUCCUGACGCUUGCCGUCAGGGAGCUGAGCACCUUGAUAAGAAUCCUGGAAGGCAUUGUCGUUCCCAUCCAGAACUCCAGGAAUUAUCCCCAGCUGCUCUCAGCAGUCGUCUGCUUGGGAGGUUUCCUGGGCAGCUUCGUCUUCACCAGUCGCCCCGGCAGCUACAUAAUGUCCUUGUUUGAUGACCGCCUGGUCCCGCUGACCCUCAUCACCAUUGUGGCCUUCCAGAAUGUGGCCCUGGCCUGGAUCUAUGGAGCUAAAAGGUUCAGGGAAGAAAUAUCGAGUGAGCUGGGCCACUUUCUGUGGUCCUUCUUCACUUUCCUGUUGUGCUACGUGACCCUGCCCGGGCUGCUGGCCCUCCUCAUCAUCUGCCUCAUCCAGCUCUACCAGAGGGUACCCCCCUACUACAUUGCCUGGAACAGCAGCGUGACCCAGGAGGUAAAACAGCCCUACCCACAGAACACCCUGGGCUGGGUCACCUUCCUCAGCAUCCUCACGCUUCUGCCAAUCCCAGUCCACCCACUUUACCAGUGGUGGCACCUCCAGGACCACAUUGCCUCUGAACGCUUUGAAAAGCCACUGUCCAAAAAGAUGCCCUUGGCGCCCAUCAAGCACUUCGCAUGGCCUAAGCACCGCUUGGUGAAGUCCAACUUCAAGAUGCAGGAGGGAAACAGCGAGAGCUCAUUGAAAGUGUUCAGCCUGACCUUGGACAAGGGGCCGGACGUGGUCCCCUUACGAAGUGGAUACUGCAGGAGGCUCAGAGAAGAAAACUGCCCUGAGGUCAAGCAAGCCGUCAGUGAUUGA